ACGUGAAUUGCGCUUUAGUCGGAAUUCAACCAUCAAAGGGAUUGUGUGUAAAAUGGAGCGGUAGCUAAAUUGAAUGAAACAUCGGCCUUUGUCCGCUAUUUUAGCGUUUAUUUAACAUCAUUUUCGAAAAUCUUGCGCGAGUUUUUGUGAGUGUUUUUGAUUGAGAAAGGAAAAAAGAGCCAUCGAGAGCAUUUUGAGAAGGCUAUUAGUGCAGAUAUUGGAUGUGCAAAGAAGUUACAGCAGUGUAGAAAAUACGUCAAAACCCACGAAAUUGGUGCAGCAGAGAGAAGAAGAAGAAAUCGAUAAAAUUAUUUUUUUCUUCCUCUACCAAAACUACAUUGUUUGUUUCCAACACAUCAGCCAGAUCCAUUUGGAGAACAUUUGGUUUUGAUUCUUUUUCCUAAACAUCAAGUUUUCGAUGACAGAUUGACUCCAAAAACCGAGACUUUUGAGAGAUAUUUCCAAGGAGGAGAGAAAGAAAAAUUGGAGCAUCCCCUAAAAAAAAGCAGAUUAUAUUGGAAAAAAAAUCAGAAGUCAUUUGACACUUUUCCGUCAAUUGACCGAUGAGGAAAUUCUUGAAAAAGUAGAAGCGGCAAAGGAAUUUAAUAAGGAAGAGCUCGAUUUUGAGAGUGUUUGAAAUACAUUUCAUCAUAUUUCUUCACUUUCUCGGUGGAGAGCAGAAUAGAGAAAAACACACAGAACAUCUCUUUGACAAAGAACAAAAAUAAAAAGGUCCGCUCGCAACAGAAAGACACCUUUGAGGAAGAUUAUAAAUCUCACAAUCUCCUAGUGACUCCUUCAGAGAUCAGUUUUUCUUAUAUAUAGUAAUUGUCCAGUUUAAUAAGAGCGACAUCCGUGAUACAGUACAAUCUUUGAUACCUUCUUUUCACUGUUGAUUAGUUUUUUCUUUCUUCGAUAAGAACGGUUUUUCUUUUUGCUGAAGAACUUGUGUGUGCAUUUCCCAACUAUUUUUGAAUAUUGUAAAAAAAAAAGACCCCAGUUCUGUGCAUUCAACAAUAUGGUGGAGCGAAUUCUGGAGGAAUCUGACGUGAACGUCAUUUCCAUAGCGAAUGUUUCUCACGCCGAAGUUACGCGUUACAGCAGCGAGGAAAUUUCUGGAAAUGAAUCCACGGAGACGCGUGUCCUUACGGAAACGGAGAGGCAGGCUGACUUUAAUCGGCACAAGGAGGAAAUGAAGAGGAAGCGCCGCAAGAAGAACCGAACCAGCUCGUCUCUCCAAUCAUCCACCUUUCAGGAAUUGUACAAGUUGACUGGAGAGAUUUUGGGUGAAGGUGCUUAUGCAUCUGUCCAGACGUGUGUUAAUAUCUACACGGAUCUCGAGUAUGCUGUGAAGAUAAUUGAUAAGAUUCCUGGGCAUGCUCGUGCUCGUGUUUUCCGUGAGGUGGAGACUUUCCAUCACUGUCAAGGACAUCCGGGUAUCCUUCAGUUGAUUGAAUUCUUCGAAGACGACGAGAAGUUCUAUCUCGUCUUUGAGAAGAUUAACGGAGGACCUCUGUUAACGCGUAUUCAGGAGUAUGUGUGCUUCUCGGAACAUGAGGCUGCACAGAUAAUCCGGGAGAUAGCAUCAGGUUUGGAUUUCUUGCAUAAGAAAGGAAUCGCCCAUCGUGAUCUGAAGCCUGAGAAUAUUCUCUGUGUGCAUCCGGACAAGUUGUGCCCAAUUAAAAUUUGUGAUUUUGAUCUUGGUUCCGGCAUUAAGUUCACCACCAAUAUCUCAUCACCGGCCGCAACGCCACAGCUAUUGACGCCGGUGGGAAGUGCUGAAUUCAUGGCACCCGAAGUGGUGGAUCUAUUUGUCGGUGAGGCUAAUCACUACGAUAAGCGGUGCGAUCUGUGGUCCUUGGGUGUCAUAGCGUACAUCCUCCUCUGUGGCUAUCCACCAUUCUCAGGGAAUUGUGAGCAGGAUUGUGGGUGGAAUCGUGGUGAAAAUUGUCGUACCUGUCAGGAGUUGCUGUUCGAGUCCAUCCAGGAUGGAAGGUUCGGCUUUCCCGAACCAGAGUGGGAUGGUGUCAGUGAUGAGGCCAAGGACUUGAUCAAGGGGCUCCUGGUGAAGGAAGCACCGAAGCGCCUUAGCGCCGAGGCUGUUCUUCAGCAUCCAUGGAUCAGGAUGGCCGAUGAAGAGGACACCAUCGACGGGGUGGUGAGAGAGCAGAGACGCAGGGCUCUCAAGACACCCGGUAUUAUACGCCGCAAUCAAUCGGCACGUGAAUUGUCACAAUUUGCUGAGUCGGCAAUGGCUGUGAAACGUGUAAUUUUGCAGCAUUUCUCAAUGCGCUACGAUUACAUGACAAAAGAACGUCCAAAUAUCUAUCAGCCAUCGAAGAAUGGCCUCGAGGACGCCAAGACCACUCUGCGCCAGCACAUGGAUCAACAUCAGGCCAGAACAAGUGGUGCUGGUACCAAUUCUGGGGGUGUUGUAACCUUUGGUGCUGGGGGUACUGGGAAGUAUGGUAAGGGUCUCGAGGCGUUGUGUGGGGCACCCAAGGGGGCGCUCGACAGUAUUAUGGAGCUGAAGGAGAAGCUGCCGGAGGAGAAGGUGAGGCGCGAGCAGAAGAGUGAGUCAGGCAUCCGACGAAAGAAUCCCACCAAGGGUGGCCAAAUGGUGGCCAGAGGUAUUCCACCUGAGGAGAAUUGGCGCUACAGGAGUAGCACAUCGGCUGAUAAAUAUCCACUAGGCUUUAGGAAUUAUCGUAGUUUUAACAAUCAGCAAUACAGCAACAAUCACAUCCGCAAUUGGCGCAAUGAAUGCGUCUUUGCACGCCCAUGCGGCAUGUCCGUUGUGCCGUCCGGCAAUUCUGGCACUGCGGGUGGCAGCCAUGAGGAUGAUGACCAUGGUGCUGGCAACUGCAUCGGACUGUCACCGCCAAGCGAGAGUCUUCUGAUGCAGCGACGCCUAAGGUCCAUCUCCUCACGAGCUUCCAGCAUUGAGAUUCGUGGUGGAACAGCUGCCACAGCCAGUGGCUAGAUUAUGGGACUCAGGUGCGCAUCUUUUCCAUCUUACUCUUCCCCGUCCCCACCCCCCUGCCCCCCGCCCCACCAUCCCACCCUCAUGAAGAGAACUUUCCAUAUUCAUUUUAUCAUCCCCAUUCACAAACACAAAAAAAAUAACUGCUCUUCCAAUAUGCGAGUGAAGAUCACCACAAAUUAUGCAGCCAUCCACGAAGGAGAAACCACUUAAGAAUUGAUUUCUUUAUUUUCUUGAAUUAUAAAUUCAAUUUACAAAAUAUCUCUUUAAUUUUUUUUUCUUUUGUUGAUGUUUGAUGUGCGUGAUCUCUCAUAAAGUGAUAAUCUUUGUCAACCAAAUGGAAUGAAAAACAUCUUCACUCGCUCUAGUUUCAUCAUCUAACCUUCCCUGAUCAUCUUAAGUUCUCUAGUUCACAUUGAACAAAAAGGGCAAGAUGAGCUUUUUUUGCGAGGGAAAAAGCACCAGCCAAUAUGGCGUUGAAGCGUGCGUCAGCCAUAUUGGAAAUACAGUAGACUCUCCGCUAAUUCGGCUCUUUUAAGAUCGGGCUACUUUAUAAUUCGGGCAGCAGUUAAAUUCGAAAAAAGUUUGUUUACAUUUUUCAAGUUCGAUUAUGUUUAUUAAAUGAAGCAAAUUUGUCAUGAUUUGCCUUAGAUUUGAUGUGAUUCUGUAUUAUUAAGAGGUUUUCAUGAAAUUUAUAAUAGCAAUGAGCAUAUUAACUCAAUCCUCUCGUUCAGUAAUAACCUUCCCGAUUUGAGAGCUCUCUCCUGUAGAGAUUUUUUCUUUACCGAUUCGAAGGUAUAUCAGAGAGAACUUACCUAAAAACCCGUUGGAAGUUCGAACGUUUAAACCGGCGAGUUACACAAAAAUGAGCAAGUUGCUAAAAAGGACAUCUCUUUGAGUGAAAGUGCAAUUAAGACGUUUUGCCAUCCUGAAUUUCCAUAAAACUACACAAAAAUUCACUUUUUGCAGCAAAUAUUUGCACACUCUCGUUGACAUUGUUGACGAUUGAAGCGUCAAGAAUAUCGAAAUUCGAAAUGGUAGAAAAAUCAGCGCUAAAGCGUCGAGUACGUGAACUUGCACUUUAGGCUUCCGGUAGAUUUUCGAAUGGGUUUGGCUUGGCUUUGGAGUGGCUUUGUCUCUUCGAAAGGUUAUUACUGAACGGAGCCAAUCCUCUCGUUCUGUAAUAACCUUCCCGAUUUGAGAACUCUCUCCGGUUGAGGUUUUUCCUUUACCGAUUCGAAGGUAUAUCAGAGAGAACUUACCUAAAAAGCCGUUGGAAGUUCGAACGUUUAAACCGACGAGUUACACAAAAGUGAGUAAGUUCAUGAAAUGGACAUUUAUCUUAAUAAAAUUGCAAUUAAAACGUUCUGCCAUCCUGAAAUUCCACAAAACUACACAAAAUUCACUUUUUCCAGCAAACUUUUGUACACUGUUGUUGAUAUUGUUGACGAUUGAAGUGUCAAGAAUAUCGAAAUUCGAAAUUGCAGAACAAUCAGCGCUAAAGCGGCGAGUAUAUGAACUUGCACUUUAGGCUUCCGGUAGAUUUUCGAAUAGGUUUGGCUUGGCUUUGUUUCUUCGAAAGGUUAUUACUGAACGGAGCCAAAAUAUGAGUAUGCAGAUGAACAAAAAAUCAUUGCAUUUCAAACAAUUUGCUGCCCGAAUUUCUCUCUUUUUCAGUUGACACUUCGUUCCCAAAUGCCCGAAUUUCGGAAAGUCUACUGUAAAUCGUUUCCUAUUGGUUGAUGCUGUGUUCCCUUCGCAAAUUUUCCGGGUGUUUUUGUUCAUUGUGAAUGAAAGUCCAUGCCCAAACUUGGCGCCAAAAUAACCUCUUUUCUCCAAGAGAUAAAAUUUAUCAUUUAUCACAAAAAAAAACAACAUUAAAAACAAAAGAUAACAAUAUAUUGAGAGAAAUGAGAAGGAAGUAAAAAUCACACAAUCAUCCAUCCGCAGAACUUCUCAUUUCUCUCACGUGAAAAGCUUUUGGUGUGAGCGUGAGCGUGAGAAUGGAUUUUUUUUUUUGGAAAAAAAAAUUUAAUUGACAACGAAGAAGAACUUGAAAAUCCCCUUCCGUUGUUUUUUCUAUCAAAAAGUGUGACUGAGAAUGAGUGCUAAACAAAAAAAUAAAAAUCUGUGAAUUAAAAGAAGACAAGAAGACGUGAAACCAACAGGAAUGAAUGAGAAAUGGAGAAGAUAAAAAAAAAAGUAUAAAAUAUUAUAAAAAAUGUGAUCAUUUGUCAGUCAUUCAAUUUACACUUUGCAUAAAAAGAAGAAGAAAAAAAGAUGAAAGAAUAAUUUUUAUAACCAUUUAAUUAAUUAUUGGGGAGAUAAUGACAAAAAAAAGGAAAGAGAAGGGUAUAAAUGUUGAAAAAAAAAUGAUAUAAAUGAAAAUAUUCAAACAAUUAUCAAACUUUAAUUGAUGAAAAGUCACAUGAAUAAGUUGCCAUGUUAUAUUUUAUUAAUUAUUAAUUUUUUUUUUGCAAAACUUUUUUGUGUACAAUUGAAGUCAGAAAAAUUGCCCUAAGUGGACGUAAGAAGAGAAUAUUCUCAUGGAGCGAGAAUAUGAAUUGUUGAAAAAUAAGAACAUUUUUUUUUUAAAUCAUAAAAAUAUAUCAUUUAUUAUUAAAAAACAAAAGUCCAGCAUAUGCUGAUUGUGAAGUUAAGAUCAUCUCCCAGUGUCAGAGCAUUUAUUAAUUAUUUCUUUUUUUGUAAGUUAACACCAACAAAGAAGACCUUCUUCAGGCCAUCUUCCUCGUGAUUAAAGGGAGUUUUUGGACUUGAAAGAGGCAAAUAAUUCAUAAUACAAAAAUAAAAAAAAAUUGAGAAAAAAACAAAUUUUCGAAAUUUCAUAGCAUUAUUCACAAAAUCAUCCAACAUUAACUUUUUCAGACUAAAGCAAAAUCAUGUUAAUUUUGUGAGAAAUUUCACAACAUUUCACUUCAUAUCACUGUGAAAUUUCAAUUGUACUAAUUGAUGAAGAAUCAUGCUAAAAAAAAGAAUACCUUAAACUACCUAAAGAUAGUAAUUUUAAAACAAAAAAAAAAAGAAAGAAUAUUUACCUUCUAAUGAAUACCUUUAUGUACAACUCUUACAUUUAAUUAAUAAAACUUGUCAAGUUGAAUUAAACAACAAAUAUUGAGAAAUUGAUGAAAUUUUUGUGAAUUUUUGGUGAGAAUUAUUGCAAAAGAAAACAUUAAGAGAUAGCUGAGAUUUUUAUGAAUGGAUUUUACAUAUAAAAAAAAUAUUUUGUAGUAAUUUCGAAAUAUUGUGGUAGGAUCAGAAGAAAAAUGAGAGAUGUGUUAGAAUUUUUUUUCAGUAACCAAGUGAAUUGGUAACUUGAAGAGAAAAUUGCAAAAUUCACUUUGGAUACUUUGAGUCAUGCAUAGAAAAAUUCUUAGGUGCUUCGCACGAAGCUUUUUUUGGGGUUUAAUUUUGCAUUCGUCCUGUGAAGUUGGGAAAGUUAAUUGAUGUACGAUUUUAGGAAUUCUGAACAAUCCAAUUCGGAUUUUGAAUUCUUGAAUUAAAUUUUACAGUUGUUCUGUAUGAAAAACUUGAUUGGUGUACGUUUUUGCGGGAUUAUAAACAAUCGAAUUCGGAUUCUGAACUCUUCAAAAAAAAAAUUGAGAACUGUUCGAUGGCACCUAUUUCGCAACAAAAGAAGGCCUUCAGAAAACUGAAUAAAAAAAAUUAAUUGAUAUAUGAAUUCUAAAUUCUAAACAGUUCAAUUCGCAUUCUUAAUCAAUUAUAGAACAAGUGAAAUCCUCUGGAUUUACAUUUAAUUGAUGUACGUCUUUGGGGUCAUUGGGGUUUCUAAACAUUCGAACUCAAAUUAUUAACUCUUGAUUCGAUUAAAAAUAAUUGAUUGAUAUACGAAUUCGGAAUUCUAAACAAUUGAAUUUAGAUUCUAAACUCUACCAAGAAAUUAAGAGCUGCUCGGUGCGCCAUCUAUUGUGAAACAAAAGACGUUCUUUGGAUUUACAUAAAAAUAUUCUAUAUUUAAUAAGUUUUUAAUAUUUUUAUCAGUAAAUCACUUUAAAAUUUCACGUGUGUUUCUCAUAUAAUUAUUUUCUAAACCAGACUAGGCCUUCCGGAGUAAAUUGUCAAAAUCAAUGAUCUUGGGAGAUUUAUAAAUUUGAUUGAAUAAUCAUGCUAAUGAUGGGAAGGUCAAUAGAGCACAGGUCCCCGAAGACCUGAGUUAGCUAUCUCGUACGGUUUGAUCUCUAUGUUUAUUUAUGGUCAUCGGACGUAUGGACGCACAAACAACGUGACAACAAUUUUGGUCAAAAGAAACAGUACUUGCGGGCUUCGAGCAAUAAAAUUGUUUGCGAAAAUAUCUUUGAGAACAAACCAGAAAUAGCAAAUUGGUGAUUUUGUCCAGAUUUUCAGAUUUGUCCUAAAGGUUUUAAGCAAUGCUAAGACGGCAGUGGUCGUUAGGGAAAGGGUGGUCAUAAAAUGAAAUAAAUUUAUUUCAUUCGAUAUCAAUGAAAUGUGAUUGAAAGUCUGUGAGACAUGUACGUGUGUGGGUGGGUCAUGAUUGGAAGUGGAGCUUUAGCUUUAGGACUUUGGGGUCCUGGGUUCGAAACUGACUGAGUCUCAGAUUUUUCUAGUGUUAUUUCGGUCUUGAAUUUGUCUUGUAAAUCAGUAAUGCCAAAGUAGUUGCAAGUAAAGCAUCUAAGCAAGCCAGGCUGGUACAAAAUACGAAUUUUGACAUGAAUGGAUAUACUUCGGUCGAGGUAAAAUUCACUGUUCGCUGUCCUUAUUUGAGACAGAGAUUAGUGAUGCUGUUUUGGUUAAUAGUAAACUAAUAAAGCGUGGAUUGAGGCAUGAAAAAAAGAGUCUAGUAGAAUAUUUAUCCCCAGAAAAAGCUCUAUGCGAAGCCCAUAAUCUGAAUUUCAUUUUAGAAAUGCUUAAAAUAAUCCUAAAGAAAAUGUUUAUGAAGAUCGAACAGAUGAUGAAGAAAAAAAUGUCUUUGAUUAGUGAAAAAAACACCAUCAAAUAUUAGAGAUGUUAAAUUUAAAGAAAAAUAUAUAUUUUUAUAUAUGAGCGACGAAGGAUAUGAAAGUAUAAUAUUAUGAUGAAAAACUUUGUUUUUUUAAACUGAUGAAAGAGAGAAGAAGAGAAAGUCAAAGUAAAAAGAACAGAAUUAGUAAUUCUCUCUUUAUUUAGAGGCUCAUUCGAAAAAAAAUAUAGAUACAAAAAAAUCAAGAGAUCAUUUGUUUUUCGAGAGAAAAAGGGCAUGAGCCAUGAUAAUGCUUCCAAGUAAUUUUUAUUGAUUAAGAAUUACAAAAUAAAGAAGAAAAUCCUAAUAAAAAAAAGAAUAAAAAUCAUUUUUAAAAAAUCUCAAGAAAAAAUCCACAAAAACAACUUUAAAAGAAAAUCUUUACUAUAUAAAGUGUUACUAAGGAAGAUCUUUAAGAUGAGUAAACAUUUAUAAUAAGUGAAACGCAAUUUUUUCAAAUCUUCUACUUAUAUUUCUUUUUCUAUUUUUUACACUCUAACUAACUACAAAAAUAAGUAUUGUUUUUCAGUUUACAAAGACAAACCAUUUAAUGCAGAUCCCGCUUUACAAGUUAUUGGCCCUCGUCACGUGUUUAGCCAAAAGUUUAAGUUGGAAUGUGAGGUUAUGAUGUCCUUGCGCUGAGGUUAUGAUCAACGUAGAAUUACUUUUGUUUUGUAAAUUUGAUUUUGACAUUGCAUAGAUAGUGAAACCUCAUCCAAGUGGCUUCGUUUAUUCACAAAGUGCAGUUUCAAAAACAUGUUUAUAAAAUAAAAAGAAUUGUACAAGAACCAUUAUUUUUACAAGCCGAAAUUCCAUUUGCAAAUUUCAACAUAAACAUUGACUUGGCAUUGGAAUGUUUUUUAAAAACAAUUUGGAAUUGAAACUGUUUCCUCUCAUAUCAAAUAGAAUUAAAUGAGGUAAAGUUUUAAUGGUUAGAAUUUUUUGUCUUAAAAAUGACAAAACGUUUUUUUUAAAAAUAUUUUUACAAAAAAUACAAUUAUUUAAAAUUAACAGAAUUUUAAGUUAAAAAUUGAAUUUUAAUGGAGAAAUAAUUGUUGAGUUUUUUCUAUAAAAAAAUCAAUAAAAUCUCUUAAGGCUAGAUCAACAUAACCUCACACUUCGAAGCAACUUCUAGGCAUUGAAAAUUAUACCAAAUAGAUUUUCAUUUAAAUAUAAUUUAAAGUGUGGAUCUGUAAAGAAAAACAACGUAAGAAAUUGUUAGAUUUCCAAACAAGACACUUUUACCUCCCCUUCAUCCGUAUUUGAGAUCCUCAUUUUCGUUUUUUGGAUAGGAUGUCAUUUUUGUAUUUGAGGUUAUGUUAAAUUUGAAAGAACAGAAAGCAGGACAUAAAUCAAAUUGCAUGAAUGAAUUGAACUUUAAUAGGAAUCAGAAACUAAGUAUUCAGAACCUUUAAUACAUCUGAUCUUAGAAGGGAAAACUAAAUUUAAAGUUAUAAGCAUUUACAGUGUUUGAAGACACUUCUAUAAAUGAACAACUUUUAACCUUUAAAUUUUUAAGGUUAGGCUUUCUUUAAAGGCUUCUGUCGUUAGAUUUUGACUCAUUUUGAAGGAAAAAGUCAUGCAAACCUCUUUUAUUGGUCCUGAAAUUAAUCAAAUUUGAAGCUCUUAACUUCUAAAUAUGGCUUCAAUUUUGCAGGUUAGACUUAACAUAACCUCACUUUUCCAAAUAACCUUUUUGUCUAAUGAAAAAAAUGAGGUUCUUCAUACGGUUUUGUCUUUCAAACGGCCAUGAAAUUAUUGAACAAAAUUCUUAUGGAUUACAAAGUUUAGAAGUUAAGAGAAGAAGGAAAAAGAAUAUUGAUAAAAAUAAAACACAAAAAAUUGCAUUGCUACAAAGUGAACUUUUUGUGGAACGUCAAAAGGAUAUUUUGGGAAAUUGUAGAACGAAAGAAAAAAUACCUAACAAUUUUGCAAGAAACGAAUGGAAUAAAAUUGGGAAAGAUGUUUUUUUCGAUGAACGAAAAAAUACUAUUUGUGAUAAAAGCACUGAAUAAAAAAAUGUGAGACAAGAAGGGAGGACAAAUAAAUGGGAAAAGUGACAAGAUUCUCGAAAAGGCAAGAAGAAAAAAUAAAUAAGAUUUAAAAAACAAAGCAAUAGAGAAGAAGUGUUUCGAUCGUGUUUGAAGAAGAGGCAAAAUUUUGAAAGAAAACGAAAAACUUUUAGAAAUAGAAGAUUAAAAAAAAAAAAAACAAUACGAUACAAUUGAUAGAUUCUAAAAUCUACAUUUUUUUCCUUUUUUUUACACUAUACUUGUUUACAUAAUUUUAGAUGCUUCAAAAUCCUUUUUUUGCUAUACAAAUACGAAAAAAGUCGACUUAUUUGCUAAUAACAAACCUAUUUAGUAUAACAGCAUAAAAUUUACUUAUAACAGUUCUUUGAAUGAUUUUUUAAGAAUAUUAUUUUUACUAUUCUAUAUACACAAACUUUUUUGCUUGUCUAUUUCCUAAUACAAAUACUAUCUAUCAGAAAAAUUAUUUCCUAAGACUUUAUAAUUUUUUUCUUCUAAAAUUCUGAGAAACUACUUAAGAGAAUAAUGUUAACUGACAAAAAAUAUUACACUGAUAAUAGUGUGAUAAGAAAAAAGUACCCUAAAAUUUGCAGAAUUUGAAAGAUAAACCCUAGGUUUAAGUUCUUUUUUAUACAUUUGAAAUACUACAUUUUUUGUUAUUGCUUAUGAGGUCAAGAAGAAGUUUAAAGAAAAAAGCCCAACACUGAUAGAAAAGAACACAAAACUACAAAAAAAAAUGAGGAGAAAAUAUUUGUCAUACAUUGAGAAAGACUGUAAUUGAGGAAAUUUUUUUCAUAAUAAUGUCCAAGAAACUUUGGAAAAAUGAAUUAUGAAGAAAAUGAAACUCAAACAAAAUAUGAAAAAAUAUAUAGUAUGGAAAAAAUUCACUGAAAAAAAAAUUAAAAAAACCAAAAUCUUACAUUCUCUUUCAUAUAUAAAAUAGAAAAUAACAGAAAAAAUUAUUAAUUUUAAAUGGUAAGAAGAUAAAAAAGAAGUAUUUCCUAAUUAAUCAUUGCAGGAGAUUUUGAUUGUAAAGUUCUAACCAUGAAAUUUGCAUACAAUUUGAUUUUUUUUUAAUUGAAAUAGUCUUAUGCAAUAUUGUCAAAUAUGAAAGAAAUGUCUCAAUAAAAGUGAUUUUCCAGAA